AUCCCAAAUUCGUUUGAAGAAUUAAAUGAACCCAAAGUUUCAAAAUGGAAAUUGUAGAAGACGUGGUGAUUGUGGGGGCUGGAAUUGCAGGUCUCACCACAUCGUUGGGACUUCAUAGGCUGGGAAUUCGUAGUUUAGUGUUGGAAUCAUCGGAGGGAUUAAGAACCACCGGAUCUGCUUUGAAUACGUGGACCAAUGCCUGGAAAGCCCUGGAUGCUGUCGGCAUCGGUGAAUCUCUGCGCCACCAACAUCGUCUUAUACCAAGCCUACUUGUGACUUCUACAUCCUUAGUGAAGCCAGCAUCAGAGAUUUCAUUUAAAGGUCAUGAAAUUCGUUGUCUUCAACGGAGAUUGUUGUUGGAAACUUUAGCAAAUGAACUCCCUAAUGGAACUAUCAGGUUCUCCUCUAAACUGGUUUCCAUUGAUGAAUCUGCAAGCUACUUCAAACGACUGCAUCUUGCCGAUGGAACCAUCAUCAAAACCAAGGUGCUGAUCGGGUGUGAUGGAGUCAACUCGGUGGUGGCAAAAUGGCUUGGUUUCAAGAAGCCAACUUUCACAGGUCGAUCAUCAAUUAGAGGUAAUGCAAAUUUCAAAGGAGGUCAUGGAUUUGGAACCACUUUUAGGCAGUUCUUCGGCAAUGGUGUUCGAUCAGGCCUAGUCCCGUGUGAUGACGAGAAUGUUUACUGGUUUUUCACUUGGACUCCAGCCACCACAGAAGAAGAAAUGGAAGACGAUCCGGUUAAGCUGAAGCAAUUCGUACGAAGCAAGCUCAAUGAUACAUCGGAUGAAAUGAAAUCCGUCGUCGAAAGAACUUCGUCACGCAACAUUAUAUCGAAUCCAUUGAGAUAUAGGAAGCCGUGGGAGCUUCUUUGGGGGAACAUCAGCAAAGGUAAUGUUUGUGUCGCCGGCGAUGCUCUUCACCCCAUGACACCAGACAUCGGCCAAGGUGGAUGUUCCGCCUUGGAGGAUGGCGUUGUUCUUGCUAGGUGCCUUGGUGAAGCCUUGUUGAAACCUGCAGGCAGAGUAGAAGAGGAAUACGAGAAGAUUGAGAUGGGGCUGAAGAGAUUUGGCAAAGAAAGAAGAUGGAGGAGUUUCGAUCUGAUUGCCACUGCUUUCAUGGUGGGUUAUAUACAACAGAAAGAUGGGAAGGUGGUGAAAUAUUUGAAAGACAAAUUUUUGUUGGGAUUCCUCUCUUGGUUAAGGUUGAGGAAGGCUGAAUUUGAUUGUGGCAAGCUUCCUGGAUAAUGGAGAAAAGUGUGC